UAACUGGGAUUGAUUUAAACUUUUAGGAUACGCCAUUUAUGGGUAGAUAAGGAAGUUAGAUAUGGUGCCUUUUGUUAGGUUUUUUCAAGCAAGUGUUGAAUUUGAGCGCAAUUUGAGGUUUGGUUUCUGGUUUCUAAUUGGUUGAAUCACCAGCGUCAAGUAGUUGCAACUUAUUUAAGGAUAGAAGGGGAUAUCUAUUGUGCACAGUUCUAAACAAUAAACAGAUUAGAUGGCUAGUUAAUUUCACAGCAUUAAAAUGGGGCAAGAGGUUUGCAGUUUGUUGUUGUUGGGUGGUGAACAACACUUCAAGAGGGUUGCUGAUAUAUUAUGAAUUCAAGAUAUAGUUAGAUGCACAUUGUGGUAGGUUUUCUCUUAUAUACCUUUUAAUGACUGUAUAUGUUUGUUGAUCCUUGAAAGUUGCUGGGGAGCAGAGCUGAAGAAGAAAUGUGAAAAUGCUGUCAAUAAAGAUCGACACUUAAUGAGGUGUAGUUUGUUGGAGGAAACUGUCCCCUGUUUAAUACUCUUGAUUAGUAAGAUGAAAAUUGAAGCGUGGUAGAAGGAUAUGGUCAUAUUUAAUGGUGAGGCAUAAAGUUUCAAUUGAUAGUUGGAGACUGAAGUGUCUGUAAUGAAUAAUGAAACAGUUUGGAUGUCCAUUUCCUUAUCAUAAUUUGGUUUGCAAUGAAAGGGAGGAUUAAAAAAUAACUGACAAUGAUGUAAUGCCAUGUCUUGAUUUAAUGAGAAAACCUUUUCUUGUGCUGUUUUGAGCUAAUAAUAUCUAACUUGUCUAGGAUUACUGAAUGGUCACAGUUAAACAAGUCUCUCUAAUGGUUAAAGAUUUCUAGUUCUAUGCAUGCUCACCAUUCUCUGAUAAAAAGACGGUACCUAGAUCUACGAAAUCCCAAUUUCUAUAGGUUGAACCGAAGACAAUCAAAUUUAAGAAUAAAAUGAAAACUGGGAAGACAAGCUGGGAUGGAGCUCUGUGCUUUAUGCGAGAGAUAAAGGUUUGCUAGUGUCCACAAAAUUGCUUUUUCUAUGAUUCCUUUAAACGCCACCAAAAUGACAGAGUGCUGACUGAGUAUGAAUCUUUGACUUUGGUGUUGUGAAAUACACAGAGAUGACGAUAACUUCAAGACGAUCAUUCUAUCUUUAGUGCAAACCUUGUUUUCUUCUAUUUAACUCAGAGAAUGUCUGAUACUUGGUGCUACGUCCUUGCUGAUGAGACCAGCGAGACAAAUCAAACGCAAUAGCUGUAAAGUGCUCCAGAGAAGUAUUUAUUCUCCUUCAGUGUUGAAGUUAAACCAACUAGAGUGCAGAACAUGCAGAAUAUUCUGUGCUCUACCAGAAACAGCUGCUUCUAUUGCAGUUGCUGCUACCAUUGUAGGUACGGCAGCUACUCUUCUUAAAAGAAGAACGGAAGCUUCUGAAACAACUGAGGCCUCCACAAAAAUUUGUGAUGACUGUGGCGGUUCUGGUGUUUGUCCAGAAUGCAAAGGAGAAGGCUUUGUGCUAAAGAAACUCUCAGAGGAAAGUGCUGAGAGAGCAAGAUUGAUGGCAAAGAACGCAGCUACCAGAUACACAGCUGGGCUUCCAAAAAAGUGGAGCUAUUGCACAAAAUGCUCUUCUUCUCGAUCUUGUAGUAAUUGUGGUGGCACAGGGAAGCUUAGCUUCAAGAUUAACUGAAGUUUCGGUGGUUCUAAUUGAGCUCUGUUUCUCAUUGCAUCAAUCAGCUAAACGCCAUCAAGACUCGAGAAAGUGAUUCAAGCAAAUCAAUGCCAGUCUUUUUCUUUAUUUGAAGUCCCUGGAAAAGCCAGUCUUUUUACGCGCCUAAAAAACAAAAAGGACAAGUCUUUUUGUAUGUAAUUGCGUGCAAUUUCUAUGUAUUUGUAGGAGCUUGAGUUGCUUUUACCUUUUUCCUUUUCACAACGCUACUUUAGUUGUUUCAUGUUUACAAGAAACGAUUUGCUGUGCAUUCAUUACAUUUUUUGAAGCUUGAAAUGAUUUGGUGUAUAUAUCCGGGGCUCUUGAGACAUGGCAUCAGUGCUCAGACAGAUUGAGAAUUGAGUACUGUUCAGUUCAAAACUUGGCCGUGGCUGUUGUAGUUUUUUAACUGAAUGCAAUUUGUAUUGAGAUAUAAUA